AUGACUCCAUACUCAGUUCCCCUUGAAGCUAAAAAGGUUCUCACGCAAGGCCUUCUGCACCAUCCACAUCAAGAACUACCAAUUGAAUGUCUCGAGCUUGUGGACAAGAUCAGAUUCACUGGUCGGGAUCAGCCAUCAAUGGCGAUCAACUGGCGUUUGGCAGAAAGUGUCUCGGCACUCAAAGGGCUAGAAGCAGUCCUCCUUAAUAUCCUGUUGGGACGAAAAUACGGCCUUCCUCCUGUAGAGAUAACGAUUGACACUGACCAUGCACAACUAUUCGUGAUGUCAUUUUUCCUAUUGGAGAUCAAUCCUGACCCGGCAGAUGGACCUAUCCGUACAACUGAGCUUCCUCGAGACGGAAGAUUCUACCAUUUGCAUGCCAGCUUGAAUCCAGAUCCAUGUCUGCAAGCCUUGAGCUUGCCAUGGGACAUGCCUGAGUUCAAAGCCGUUGAGGACUCAUGGACACCUUUUGUUUCCAAAAUAGCCGAAAAAGAUGCUGCUGAGUGGGAUUAUAUCCUUGCAGAAGAUUUCAAACAGGCCGGAACUAUAUGUCAUUCACCAGAAGAGUACGCGGAAACUGCACAAGGAAAGUCACAUGCAGAAACUGGGCUGUACACUAUUUACCCCCAUCCGGAUCAUGCAUUAAAACCUGGUUGGUGGCCAGACGUUGAUGCAACUCCUGUGAGGCGCCCAUUAGCUGGCCUCAAGGUUGUGGAUUUGACGAGAAUUGUGGCUGGGCCAUCCAUUGCUCGAGGUCUUGCUGAGCUGGGUGCCAGUGUCAUGCGCGUCACCGGGCCACAUGUUGCUGACUUUUCCGGUCUCCAUCCUGACCUGAAUUGGGGGAAGUGGAACUGUCAUCUGGACCUGAGAAAGGAGGAAGACAGGACAAAACUCAAGACCCUCCUUUCAGACGCCGACGUGGUGGUUAAUGGCUACCGGCCUGGCGUGCUGGAUAAGUAUGAAGCAGAUUUUGAGAGCGUGUUCAACUUAGGCAAGGAGCGUGGUCGCGGUUUCAUCUAUGUGCGUGAAAACUGCUUCGGUUGGAAUGGUCCCUGGGCACAUCGGAGUGGUUGGCAACCAAUAAGUGACGCAUGCACCGGUGUUUCGAUGGGAUUUGGCAGGGCUAUGGGCAACAACGAAGCGGUGACUCCGGUCCUCCCAAACUCUGACUAUUGCGUAGGUAUUGCUGGGACCUGCGCCGUUCUCCAGACAUUGGUGCUACGGUCUGAACAGGGGGGUUCUUAUUUGGUCAACCUAGCUAUGAAUUAUUAUAACCGUUGGUUGACCGACAAGGUCGGGGAGUAUCCAAGGGAUGUAUGGGAAGAUCUCUGGACUCGCAACGGGCGUGAGGUGUUUCGGCACUACCACAGCAUGAAUUACACCGCACCUCGGUACAUGGAAAUGUUCAGAAAACAGGGUAUGUUCAACCUCGACUUCUUCGAGCUCCGACAGUCCAAGGCACUGGGGUUGCAGUUCCGCGUUCCAAAGCCUGUGCUACAGUUCCCACCAGGUACGGUAGAGCCAUCGUAUAACGUAGGCACCAGAGGGAACGGGGGUUGA